AAGACUGGUGUCAUCUACCUUGGCAGAAUUCCCCAUGGUUUCUUUGAAAAGGAAAUGAAGGAAUACUUCAGCCAAUUCGGAGAAGUCACUCGUCUCCGUCUGUCUCGCAACAAGAAAACUGGCAAUUCCAAGCAUUACGCAUUCAUUGAAUUUGCAUCAGAAGAUGUUGCUGCCAUUGUCGCCGACACCAUGAACAACUACAUGUUGUUUGAGCGUGUGUUGAUGUGCCACGUUGUACCCAAAGAAAAGAUCCACGAGAAUCUCUUUGUCGGUGCUAACAAGAAGUUCAAGAAGGUUCCCUGGUUGAAGGUUUUUGCCAAGAAGCAUAACAAGCCAAAAACACCCGAAGAAUUGGCCAAGCAGGUCGCCGGUCUCACACGUCAACAGAACAAGCGACAAAAGCGAUUGGAAGCCCUCGGCAUCGACUAUGCCCUCCCCUCAUACGCAUAA